AUGUCCGAUAUACUGAUGGCCUUCAGAAAAGCUGUUAACAAAGCUAAAUUGAAUGAAGAGGAACAGAAACAUGUCCGCCAAUGCUUCAUCUGUAAUGAAGAUUUCAAAGACCCUAGACUUCUGGAUUGUUACCACACAUUUUGCUUCGAGUGCAUUAAAGAAUAUAUAGACGUUAACUCCAAAGGAGAUAAAUUCAAAUGUCCGCUAUGUACAACGGAGACAAACCUCCCGCAAAAAGGACCGGACGAGUUUGAAAAGAAUUGCUUCGUUGGAGAUUUGCGAGCAGGCGAUGGAAAGGGCGGAAAUGAGAAACAAUCAUGUGAUGUAUGUUAUAAAGCAAGGGCAACAUCAUUUUGCUACGAAUGUAACCAGAACUAUUGCCAAUUUUGUGUUUCUUUUCACGAAAAAUUUCAAAUCACUCAGGAUCAUAACGUUGCGGGACUGGACGAAACAGGGACACGAAAGGUGAAACGAAAGGUGAAAUGCCCGACACACGAAAAGAACGAGAUUCAGUAUUUCUGUGAGCAAUGCAAGAGUCUUAUUUGCGUUGACUGCAUGAUGACCACGCAUAAACACCACAAAUCUCGCGAUGUUGUGGAGGUAGCCAACGAAUUUAGACGUGAUUUGGCAUUAGAAAUCAACAAAGAGGAAUAUUUUCAACACCUCGAAGCUUUGAGUGAUUAUAGCAAAAAUAUGAAAAAGAAACGUGAAGCAAAUGAUGGAAACGAAGAUAGGCUGAUGAAGUCUGUUGAAGAACAGCUGGAAGCCUUUCAAAAUGUUUUAAAUGAUAUAAAACUGGACUUCAUUAGUGAGAUUUCCGAUACAGGAAUGGCUAUUCAAAACGAGGCAAAGGAUGGAAGGAAUACAAUGGAAAGACGAUUCAAAUCCUUCGCGGCAAUUUAUUUCUUUAGCAAGCUUUUGCUCGAUCAAGCUGAUGACACAGCAGUUGUAUCUCACACAGUAAAUCUUAGAAAGCGUCUGGAGACCCUUAGUGCUGACAAUACAAGUAGAAAGAAAAUGGAAUCGGAAAGUGGCAUCGCCUUUGAGCCAGGCAAACUGGAUAAAUCUAUAUUGAAAGAAUUAUUUGGUAAGCUACACGAUCCCAGCUCAGAAGAAAAUGAAAAAUCAAAUGAUGAAAAAGCAACUGAAAAACCAUUAUUGAUAUGCAAAUUUGAAUGUCCACCUGGGGACUGUGUCGUUUCUGGCAUAGCUCCAACCGAUAAUGAUAUGGCAUGGGUUUGCAUGGGGGCUGAAUCGGUUUUGCACUUGUUCACUCUAGAAGGAGCCUGUAAAAAAACGGUAUCGUUUAGUCAUGUGUUAGACGAUGUGACUUACAUGAGUGGACGAGGUUACCUCACGUCCAACGGGGCAAAAAUGGUCCGUGCGGUGGAUGCGAAUGGUCGAAAAUCUGUAUACACAAAAGCAGAAAUGUGUGUUAGAGGUAUAGUAGCAGACACAACAAAAAACCUGCUUUUCGUUAGCUGUGUUGAAAACGACGUGUUCUUUGAUGGCAAGCUUGACGAUAUUUCAUCCAUAAUUUCUAUAGAAAAGAAUGAAGGAAUUGCAAGCAUACCAAUGAGCCGUGACGUUCCGUAUCCUGCAAGACUGGCUUUAAAUAACAAUAACAUUAUCAUUUCUGAUUGGGUAGCACAGGCUGUUAUCAUACAGGACAACCAAGGUAAAACAACGGCAUGCUACCAGGGAGACAAAGAUAACGAAGGAAAAAAAACUGACUUCAAUCCAAGAGGCAUAUGUGUGGAUGAAAACGGAUACAUUUAUGUGGUCGAUAUUGAGACAGACACCAUUCAAAUGCUGGACUCUACAGGAAAAUAUCAGAAAGAUUUUCUAAACAAAGACGAUGGAUUAGAAAGUCCUUGGUCUGUCGCGUGUGAUGCAGCUAGUCGACUCUGGGUCGGCUCUCAAAAUGGAACCAUAAUGAUAUUUAACUUGUCCUUGACAGGCACAUCUGGUUCUUCUGAAAGUGACAAAACACGGUCAUCGACUCCGGAUCAGAGAGGUUUGUCAGGAAACAAGAGCAGAUCAGACACUAGCUCUAAAGCUGGAAGUCGUAACGGGCACUCGAGAGGCUCUACCGGAAGUAACGAGAGCGGAAAAUGA